CACUCAUUCCCUGAUGGAUGGGAAUUAUACAGCAGUGACACAGUUCAUUUUACUUGGAUUAACAGAUGACCCAGUCCUUCGAGUCAUCCUCUUCCUCAUCAUCCUGUGCAUCUACCUGGUGACCCUGUCUGGAAACCUCAGCACAAUCCUUCUAAUCAGAGUCUCUCCUCAGCUCCAUCACCCCAUGUACUUUUUUCUGAGCCACUUGGCUUCUACUGACAUUGGCUACUCAUCCUCUGUCACACCCAAUAUGCUAGUUCACUUCCUGGUGGAGAGAAAAACUAUCUCCUAUCUUGGUUGUGCUAUCCAGCUUGGCUCAGGUGCUUUCUUUGGUGGAAUUGAGUGCUACCUUCUGGCUGUCAUGGCUUAUGAUCGCUUCGUGGCAAUCUGUAGCCCACUGCUUUAUUCAAACAAAAUGUCCGCACAAGUCUGUCUCCAGUUGCUUAUAGGGUCUUAUAUAGGUGGUUUUCUUAACGCUUCCUCCUUUACCUUUCCCUUCUUUUCUUUUCUCUUCUGUGGACCAAAUACAAUCAACCACUUUUUCUGUGAUUUUACUCCUUUAGUUGAACUGUCCUGUUCUGAUGACAGCGUAUCUAUAGUAAUUGCCACUAUUUCUGUUGGCUUUGCCAUUGUGUUCACAGUGUCAGUCAUCUCUGUCUCCUAUAUCUACAUCCUCAUCACCAUCCUGAAGAUGCGCUCCACUGAGGGCCGUCAGAAGGCCUUCUCCACCUGCACCUCCCACCUCACUGCUGUCACUCUGUUCUAUGGAACCAUCACAUUCAUUUAUGUGAUGCCCAAGUCCAGCUACUCCACAGAACAGAACAAGGUGGUGUCUGUUUUCUACAUGGUGGUGAUUCCGAUGUUGAACCCCAUCAUCUACAGUCUGAGGAAUAAUGAGAUUAAGGGUGCUCUGAGGAGACAGCUUGGUAAAAAAAUCUUUUUCUAG